UGCCAAUUAUAUGCCCAUAGAAAGCAGACUUUGCCAUUGAUUUAGCAAUAAUUGUUACCAAUUUCUGAUGAAAAAACUUUUCGUUUACCUUAGUUUUGAAUCAGAUAUUAUUCUGUAGUUUUGUGUUUCUGUGAUAGCUUCAUUGUGGCAUUACUUCAAACACUCGUUGUGCGGUUUUUAGAUUGAUAAAUGUGGAGCUGAAACUUGUUUGUGUGGCAUUUUAUUAUGCUUGUGUGUCUGUCCACAUGCUUACGAACUGUUGUGACGGUCAAUCUGGACCAUGUGUUCAACAAAAAUCUACCUGAUCACAGUCUGAUAUCAUAAAAUGCUAAACAUUUCAGACUGUCUUGAUAAUUGAACAUGCACCUUGUUAUGGGUGUUGGUUUUUAGGCUCUCUUGAUUUUUUGAUUGAUGAGGGAAAACCAGUUGUGCAUGAUGUUAAAUAAAAUUUUAUUCGUGAUUGCCCACUUUUAAUAAGAUGUAAAAUAGUUUUGUUUAUGCAUCACAAGCCCAACACCGCUGAAGAAGUUGAUGAUUUCCUUUGUUUGCUUUUCUUAUAGAAGGAAAGGUCUCCUUUUUUGAAGCUUUUUUGAAGAUAGUCCCCCUUGUUGCACAGAUGUGGCUAUAGAGGUGUUACUGAGAAUGGAAUCACAGAAAAGUCAACAUGAACAACAGCCAUCGCCUGCUGCUGCAACCCCCUCCACCACUUCGUGUCGAAAGAAGAAGAGCGAAGAAGCCAGUUUCUUGGAGGAUGUGAAGGAUCAUAUUGAUGAAUUUAUCCAUGCGUCUAUGGAUGAACACAAAACUUGCUUCAAGAAGACCAUGCAGAAGAUGUUUGGCAUGUCAAAGAUUGUCGCUGAAAGGAGUUCCAACACCAAGGAAGUUGAAAGUUCUCUGCCCCUUCAAACCACAGUGGCAAAAUAGAAUAUCUUCUGGUGUACAAUUUGUUAAAAUUGUGGCACUGCAGUUUCAGUUUGACGAACGAGAAAAUUUAACUUUGUAAGGUUAACUGGUGACUAUUAUGAAGCCGAUUACCUAGUGUUAUGACUAUGUUCUUGUGAUGUAUUUAGCUUUGCUACUAUUUUAUUUUUUCUGUAUGUGCCAAGUCAGUGUUGAAUUUGGUCAGUGAUCAAUUAUUGAGUAGCAAAACAAAUAGAAAAUUGACCUCCUA